AUGAAGCAUGACCGCCGAAGCGACCCUGGGAGCAUAGGGGGGCGGGACAAAAGAGGAGGACCAAUCCUGACGUUUCCCGCCAGAAGUAACCACGACCGAAUAAAGCACGAUGAACUGAAGAGGCUGGUGACGUAUCUGUCCACUGUUCCCAGUGAGGACGUGUGUAAGCGUGGCUUCACUGUGAUCAUUGACAUGCGCGGGUCCAAGUGGGAGUUGAUCAAGCCCCUUCUGAAGACCCUGCAGGAGGCCUUCCCCGCAGAGAUCUGUGUGGCUCUCAUCAUCAAACCAGACAACUUCUGGCAGAAACAGAAGACCAACUUUGGCAGCGCUAAGUUCUCUUUUGAGACCAGUAUGGUGUCGGUGGAGGGUUUGGCAAAGCUGGUGGAUCCCUCUCAGCUCACGGACGAUUUCGAAGGUUCCCUGGACUAUAACCACGACGAGUGGAUUGAUCUGCGGGUGUCUUUGGAGGAGUUCAUGUCCAACGCGGUUCACCUUCUGUCUCGACUGGAGGACCUGCAGGAGCUUCAGUCAAAGAAGGAGUUUCCGGCAGAUGUGGAGGGAUCACGGCGGCUCAUAGAGGAACACACACAGCUGAAAAAGAAGGUGCAGAAGGCGCCCGUGGAGGAGCUGGACCGAGAAGGCCAGAGAUUAUUGCAGUGUAUUCGAUCCAGUGAUGGGUUCUCAGGGAGAAACUGUAUCUCUGGCUCUGCGGACUUCCAGAGCCUGGUUCCCAAGGUGGCCAGCCUCCUGGACAAGCUCCACUCAACCCGACAGCACCUUCAUCAGAUGUGGCACGGCCGUAAACUCAAGCUGGACCAGUGCUUUCAGCUGCGACUCUUUGAACAAGACGCAGAGAAGAUGUUUGACUGGAUCCGCCACAAUAAGGAGGUGUUUCUUCAGAAUCACACUGAAAUCGGUCGCGGUUAUCAGCACGCCGUGGAACUGCAAACGCAACACAAUCACUUUGCCAUGAACUCCAUGAAUGCCUACGUAAACAUCAACAGGAUCAUGUCGGUGGCCAGUCGCCUCGCUGAGGCCGGUCACUACGCCUGCACCCAGAUCAAGCAGAUAUCAGGUCAGCUGGACCUGGACUGGAAGAGCUUUGCUGCAGCUUUGGACGAGCGCUCCACCAUCCUCACCAUGUCCUCCGUCUUUCACCAAAAAGCAGAACAGUUCCUGUCCGAGGUGGAGGCCUGGUGCAAAGUGUGCAAUGAAGGAGGUCUGCCCACUGAGAUGCAGGAGCUGGAGGUGGCCAUUCACCGGCACCAGAGUCUAUAUGAGCAGGUCACCCAGGCCUACACCGAGGUGAGUCAGGAUGGUAAAGCGCUGCUGGACGUUCUCCAGAGGCCCCUGAGUCCCGGCAACUCCGAGUCGCUUACGGCAACGGCAAAUUAUUCCAAAGCGGUCCACUGCAUCCUGGACGUGGUUCACGAGGUUCUGCAUCAUCAGCGGCGCCUGGAGAACAUUUGGCAGCAUCGAAAAGUGCGACUGCAUCAGAGGCUGCAGCUGUGUGUGUUUCAGCAGGACGUCCAACAGGUGAUGGACUGGAUCGAGAACCACGGGGAGGCCUUCCUCAGUAAGCACGUCGGAGUGGGCAAGUCCCUCCACAGAGCGCGGGCCCUGCAGAAGAGACACGACGACUUUGAGGAUGUGGCGCAGAAUACAUACACCAAUGCAGACAAGCUGCUGGAGGCCGCGGAGCAGCUGGCUCAGACCGGAGAGUGUGAUCCAGAAGAGAUCUACAAAGCAGCGCGACACUUAGAGGUUCGCAUCCAGGACUUUGUGCGACGAGUGGAGCAUCGGAAGCUUCUGCUGGACAUGUCCGUGUCCUUCCACACGCACACCAAAGAGCUGUGGUCCUGGAUGGAGGAGCUACAGAAGCAGCUCUUGGACGAUGUGACGUGUGACUCUGUGGACUCGGUGCAGACUCUGAUCCAGCAGUUCCAGCAGCAGCAGACGGCCACGCUGGAGGCCACGCUGAACGUCAUCAAAGAGGGGGAGGAGCUAAUGCAGCAGCUCAGAGAUGCAGCCAUGUCCACCAACAAAACGCCACACUGCAGUUCCAUCGCACACAUCCAGGGGGUGCUGCAGCAGCUGGACGAGGCGCAGGGUCAGAUGGAGGAGCUUUUCCACGAGCGAAAAAUCAAACUGGACAUUUUUCUUCAACUACGCAUCUUUGAGCAGUACACUAUUGAGGUGACAUCGGAGUUGGACGCCUGGAACGAGGACCUGUCCCGGCAGAUGGGAGACGUGGGCCGCUCUGGGGGAGGCAGCGGCAGCAGCAGUGGGGGCAGCAGCUCCUCCUCGAGCUCCUCUGAGGACAUAGCGUUGGCCGAGCAGAGGCUGAAGCGACACGCGGAGAGAAAAGCCGCAAUGAACAACAUGACGUACGAAGUGAUGCAGCAGGGUCAGGACCUGCACCAGUACAUCAUGGAGGUCCAGGCUUCAGGGAUUGAGCUGACCGGGGAGAAGGACAUGGACCUGGCGGCUCAGGUCCAGGAGCUGCUGGAGUUUCUUCAUGAGAAACAGCAGGAGGUGGACCUCAGCGCUCAACACAACCACACACGACUGGAGCAGAGCCUACAACUGCGCCACCUACAGGCCGAAGUCAAACAGGUGCUGGGCUGGAUCCGUAACGGCGAGUCCAUGCUGAACGCCAGUAUGGUGAACGCCAGCUCGCUGUCGGAGGCGGAGCAGCUGCAGAGGGAGCACGAGCAGUUCCAGAUGGCUAUAGAGUCUCUGUUUCACGCCAACUCUCUUCAGAAGACGCAUCAGAGCGCGCUGCAAGUCCAGCAAAAAGCAGAGAUGAUGCUCCAGGCCGGACACUACGACCCCGACGCCAUCAGGAACUGUGCAGAGAAAGUGGCCGUGCACUGGCAGCAGCUCAUGCUCAAGAUGGAGGACCGUCUCAAACUGGUCAACGCUUCUGUGGCCUUCUACAAGACGUCUGAGCAGGUUUGUAGCGUGCUGGAGAGUUUGGAGCAGGAGUAUCGUCGGGAUGAGGACUGGUGUGCCACUCAUGAGAAACUGGGAUCUUCAGCAGAGAGCGACCAUCUCCAUCCUCUGAUCAGCAAACACCUGGAGCAGAAGGAAGCCUUUCUGAAGGCGUGCACUCUGGCUCGGAGGAACGCAGAGGUGUUUCUGAAAUACAUUCACAGGAACAACGUGAGCGUCCCCGGAGCUGCCAGCCACCCCAGGGGCCCCGAGCAGCAGGUCAAAGCCAUCUUGAACGAGCUGCUGCAGAGAGAAAACCGGGUCCUUCACUUUUGGACGCUGAAGAAACGGCGGCUGGACCAGUGCCAGCAGUUUGUGAUGUUUGAGCGCAGCGCCAAGCAGGCUCUGGACUGGAUUCAGGAAACGGGCGAAGUUUACCUGAGCUCACACACGUCACCGGGAGACGGCGGCGAGGACACACAGCGGCUGCUCCAGGAGUGUCACCACUUCAGACUGUCCGCCAAGGGGUCUCACACCCUGCUGCUCUCCUCCGCAGGGUUCGAGGACAGUGUGGAGGCGCAGGGGGAGCUCAUCCUUCAGGACAGCUUCCAGGUUUGGGAUCCUCGUUCCCUAAUCAGGAAGGGACGAGAUCGACAUCUCUUUCUCUUUGAGUUCUCAUUAGUUUUCAGCAAAGACAUAAAAGACGCAGCAGGACGUACCAAGUACCAGUACAAGAACAGACUACUGACAUCAGAGAUGGGAAUAACUGAACACAUAGAAGGUGAUCCGUGUAAAUUUGCCCUGUGGUCUGGAAGAACCCCAUCUUCUGAUAAUAAAACUGUGUUGAAGGCUUCUACUAUAGAAGUAAAGCAAGAGUGGAUAAAGAACAUUCGGGAGGUGAUCCAGGAGAGGAUGACCCUGAAAGGAGCCCUGAAGGAGCCUCUGCAUCUGCCUAAGACACUGAGCAAACCCAGGAAGAGGGAGGGAGUGGAGGACGGGGACAGUCAGGGAGACGGCAGCAGUCAGCCCGACACCAUCUCCAUCGCCUCCAGGACGUCCCAGAACACAGUGGACAGCGACAAGGUAAAGCCCCCACCUCCACUCUGCACUACAGGGGUCCUGAGCCUGCUGUGGGCCUGUGUCUGCUGUGGGCCUGUGUCUGCUGUGGGCCUGCUGUGGGCCUGCUGUGGGCAUGAGUCUGCUGUGGGCCUGUGUCUGCUGUGGGCCUGCUGUGGGCCUGCUGUGGGCCUGUGUCUGCUGUGGGCCUGUGUCUGCUGUGGGCCUGCUGUGGGCCUGCUGUGGGCCUGCUGUGGGCAUGAGUCUGCUGUGGGCCUGCUGUGGGCCUGUGUCUGCUGUGGGCCUGUGUCUGCUGUGGGCCUGCUGUGGGCCUGUGUCUGCUGUGGGCCUGCUGUGGGCCUGCUCCUGUGUCUGCUGUGGGCCUGCUGUGGGCAUGAGUCUGCUGUGAGCCUGUGUCUGCUGUGGGCCUGCUGUGGGCCUGUGCCUGCUGUGGGCCUGCUGUGGGCCUGCUGUGGGCCUGCUGUGGGCCUGCUGUGGGCCUGCUGUGGGCCUGCUGUGGGCCUGCUGUGGGCCUGUGUCUGCUGUGGGCCCCCUGCUGUGUGCCUGAUGAGUGCCUGA